AUAUCAUCGAUACGGAUUACAAAGUCGGGCAUGAUUGAAUAUGGCUUCAAGUGUUGUCGCCCACUGCCGCUCGAGAGAUAAAGACAAUCGGGUUGAAGUUGAACUCCUUUGAUUGUGAGAAAGGGUUGCGUCAUCCGGGCGUCAUGGGCGACUCACUGUCGCAGGUGCCCGAGGGCCUCAUUGGUGGUUAUCAAGGAGGUCUUGCGGUGAAAAUCUUGAUGGUCGUCUUUAGCUCAAUCGCUCUGUAUAACGCCAUCGAGCUCAUCAUUCUAAUUUUCCUCGUCUUCAAUCAGUAUAAAGGACUGUACUUCUGGGCGAUGCUGUUGUCCAAUGUGCUCGGUGUCAUCCCACAUGCCGUCGGCUUUUUGCUAGAAUUUUUUGCGAAAGGACCAUUGUGGUUUGCAGUCACCCUCGCCACGAUCGGUUUCUAUUUCAUGGUUCCCGGGCAGUCGGUCGUCCUUUAUUCUCGGCUUCACUUGGUCGUGCAGAAUCUCAAUGUUCUUCGGCAAGUUCGGUACAUGAUCAUCUUUAACACCAUCGUUUUGCUGAUUCCAACAACCAUCCUUACCUACUGCACUAUCUAUGUGCGCACCGAAUCGAUAAUCCGCGGUUACAAUGUGAUGGAAAGGAUGCAAUUGGCUUGGUUCUGUGCACAGGAGAUCUUGAUCUCUUGCAUAUAUAUCUGGGAGACGAUCAACCUUCUGCGGCUGCGGCCGGACAAAGAUCCCACCCGGAAGAAGAUCAUGUAUGAGUUGAUUACGAUCAACGUGAUCAUCGUGCUCCUAGAUGUGGCGCUUCUGGUGUUGGAAUACGUCGGGUUUUACGCUCUUCAGACCACACUUAAAGCUGCAGUCUACAGCGUCAAGCUGAAGUUAGAAUUCGCCGUGUUGCGAAAGCUCGUCUUGCUCGUCAAUACUCGCCCCUCCGACACCAGUUCCACCGAUCACGAAGAAUAUCCUAAUUUUGUGAACCCGGAGCAACUGACGGGUGAUAUUACGCAUGCGGCGCCCGUUCGCGCCCGGACUCGUUCUCGGUAUCCAUGGAGUGCCAUCUCAAUGGACAGCUUAGACCGGUCAGAGCGCCGAGGAUAUUCUUCUGAGACCACACGCCCGCCGUAACUCUACCUCCAUUGUAGUUUCUACAUCAUAUCCAUCCACUCUUUGCCCGCCGAUAACACUUGGAACAUACCGAGCGUGCUAAAAGACGGCUCACCCGAACCUGGGGAAUAGCAUUCCUCCCGCGCGCGAUUCAGCGAGGCAUUUGCCGAGGCUGCAAAAGGGCGGAUGACGGCGUUGUCAGGGUUCAGAUUCCCCGGUCACCACGGUAUCGGGCCAGUAGCAUAACGCUUCCCCAGCGGUAUGCGUUGCAUAUACAUCACUUCCUCUGUCAUCAUAUUUUGGAAGGUCACGUGCGGGAACCGACUGCACACUUUCUUCAUCCGUUAAGCAG